CUCUGCUAGCAGCUAGGCACCGUAUUACCUAGUGGGCAGCUCGGUGGAGGAGGCCCGGCCGGCAGAUCCUGUCUGGAAACCCUAGGUCACAGGAAAUGGCGUCCUCGUUGCUCCACUGCUCCGACAAGAUCCCGUUCAUGAACGUGGAGACCAUCCUCCACAUGAAGGAAGGCCUCGGCGAGACCAGCUACGCGCAGAAUUCGUCGCUUCAGAGAAGGGGCAUGGACACACUGAAGAGCCUCAUCACCAACUCCGCGGCGGACGUGUACCUGUCGCAGAUGCCGGAGCGGUUCGCCGUCGCCGACCUCGGGUGCUCGUCGGGCCCGAACGCGCUCUGCCUUGCGGAGGACAUCAUCGGGAGCAUCAGCCGCAUCUGCUGCCGGUCGUCGCGGCCGCCGCCGGAGUUCUCUGUGCUCCUCAACGACCUCCCGACGAACGACUUCAACACCAUCUUCUUCAGCCUGCCGGAGUUCACCGACCGGCUCAAGGCCGCCGCCAAGUCCGACGAGUGGGGCCGCCCCAUGGUGUUCCUCUCCGGUGUCCCGGGCUCCUUCUACGGGAGGCUCUUCCCCGCCAAGAGCGUGCACUUUGUCUGCUCCUGUUCCAGCCUGCACUGGCUCUCUCAGGUCCCUCCUGGACUCUUCGACGAGGUGAACGUGCCGAUCAACAAGGGGAAGAUGUACAUAUCAAGCACGAGCCCUCUGGCCGUGCCAAUGGCCUACCUGAGGCAGUUUCAGAGAGACUUCAGCCUGUUCCUGAAAUCGCGCGCGGCGGAGGUUUUCUCCGGCGGCCGGAUGGUCCUCGCCAUGCUCGGCAGGCAGGCCGACGGCUACAUCGACAGGAGAACGACCUUCCUCUGGGAGCUCCUCUCCGAGUCGUUCGUCUCGCUGGUCGAGCAGGGGCUGGUCGAGGAGGACAGGGUGGACGCGUACAACGUGCCGUUCUACGCGCCAUCGAUAGGGGAGAUCGAGGAGGAGGUGCGGCGGGAGGGGUCGUUCAGGCUGGACUACGUGCAGACGUACGAGAUCAACCUGAGCAGCAGCGGCGACGCGAAGGAGGACGGCAGGACGGUGUCGAUGGCGAUCAGGGCCAUCCAGGAGUCCAUGCUCAGCCACCACUUCGGCCCGGAGAUCGUCGACGCGCUCUUCGCCAAGUACACCGAGCUCGUCACGGCGUCGAUGGAGAGGGAGGAGGUGAAGAGCCUCCAGAUUGGGGUGGUCCUCAGCAGGUUGUGACACAAAAAAAGCGCAAGCUGUGACGACUGACCGGAGCCGAUUUGUGCCAGUUUAUUAUUCCUUAACCA